UUCCCUCGUUACUAUUUUUCUCUUUAAACCGUUAUUCUCUCUUAAUUCCUUUUGGUUCUUCGUUUUUUUCUUGUUUGUUUUUUAUAAAAUUUUUGACCUUUUAUGACGAGUUUCUUUGUAUUUAGAAAAAAAUGGCGAUUUUUUUGCACCCAAAUCGUAUCGUUGUUCGGUUCUCUGAAAAUUUAUAUUGUUUUGUUUGUUUUGGCGGUGAUUAGGGUUUAUGGAUACGAAUCUGGAUCCUUCCUUGAUAUCUUUUUAAAUUCGGGCCUUUCUUGUGGUUGGUCUGUGCGAUUUGUUGGCUGAUUUGAGUAGUUUAAUGCGAAAUUAGGUUGGGUGGGUUAGAAUUUGUAGAAGUUCGGCCACUUUUUUCAUGGAAUUAGGUUUUCGCAUCUAACUUGUUCUCGAGUUAUUUAACAAUGAUGACUUUGAGCUUUGCUUCAGGUCUCAGUUUCUAUGUUUCCUUGAAUGUUGCUGAUUCCCUUGGUUCUAUUUACAUGGGAUUUUGACUUCUGAACUGUUUUCUAUAAGUUGACCACUAUUUUUUGAUGAAAAUUAAUUUUUGAAGUCAGUUCGUUAAUAAGAUUUGCAAUUUUUGUUGGUCUUGUGGGUCUCCUACAAACUUUCUUGUUGUGCUGUUUGAGAAGUUGAUAUUAGUUCUAUGUGUCCUAGAGCUAUGUGCUUUUCUGUCUACUUGUAUCAUUUGGGAUUCAUAUUUUAUGUUGAUUUGUUUCUCAGCUGAAAGGCAUUUGUGAACUUCUUAUAUCUUGGUAUCGAAAGAUGUAUCUUCAUGAUAAAGAAGGGAUGAAAAUACAAGUUUUGGAAUCACUGUUGAAUUUUCUGAGCUGUGUUACUGGAAGUGUAAGUUAUGCAAUGGCUAGAACCUAAAAUUUAUAUGUUUCGUUGCUAUUUUCCCCCAACUCCGCUAGAGGAUAUCGUUAAGUUUUUUAAUAUUUUAUAUGUCCUUUUUCCGUACAUGUGGAGACCAUGAUCUUCAGCCCUUUCCGAAGUGAAAAUUUUAGAGUUCUCUUGUAGUCGGAAUUCCAGUCUUUUGUUCGUGCUAGUCAAGUAUUAUUGUGAUAUAUUGGAUGACUUUGGAGAUGACUGGAGUUUGGCUGAUUAUGUUUUGCAUUUGACUUUUUUUCAUUAAUUUAAAUUUGAAUCUGACCGUGAGAUUUGAUUUUUCCCUCUAGUGUGACCCAUUUUGGUCAUUGAGUGUAUUGAGAUAUCGGAUGACUGUGGAGGUGUUGAAGUGAUUGGAGUUUGGUUGAUUAUGUUUUGCAUUAGACUAUUUUUCGUUAAUUUAAACUUGAAUCUGAACUUGAGAUUUGAUUUUUACCACUAGGGUGACCCAUUUUGGUCAUUGAGCAUAUUGCAAUAUAUUGGAUGACUGUGGAGGUGACUGGAGUUUGGAUGAUUCUGUUUUGUAUUUGACUAUUUUUUGUUAAUUUAAAUUUGAUUCUGAACAUGAUAUUUUUCCCCCGAGCAUGACCCAUUUGGUCAUUGGGCAUAAAAUUGGUGUUGCUUUCUUUAUAGACUUACAAUUUGUGAUUUGUUCAUCUGUCUGUGUAUUGAUGUGGGAGUACAUGUUAGAGGACUUGAAUCAGUAGAUUCCUCUGGAAGGGUUUUGUGGCUUUUCUCCAUGGGGGCUCCCAAGCAGAAAUGGACAGCAGAGGAAGAGGCUGCUCUCAGAGCUGGAGUUGUUAAACAUGGGGCUGGCAAAUGGCGAACAAUAUUGAAAGAUCCAGAAUUUAGUGGCAUCUUACGUUUGCGGUCCAAUGUUGAUCUCAAGGACAAAUGGCGGAAUAUGAGUGUGACUGCAAAUGGAUGGGGAUCUCGAGAGAAGGCACGGAUAGCCUUGAAAAAGAGCCGACAGAUUUCUAAGAAUGAUGAUAACCCAAAGGUUCUCAAUACGGAAGUUGAGGAUAUUGAUAAUGAAAUUGUUGACACCAAGCAUCUUGCAAUGUCUAGUGAGAGUUUAAAGUUUUCUGGUCCAAAAAGAUCUAUCUCAAGGCUGGACAAUCUUAUAAUGGAAGCGAUUACUACUUUAAAGGAGCCUACUGGGUCCAACAAGACAGCUAUUGCCAUGUAUAUAGAGGAACAAUACUGGCUUCCCCUGGAUUUCAAACGGUUGUUGUCUGCAAAACUGAAGGCAUUGACUGCAAGUGGGAAAUUGAUUAAGGUGAAACGCAAGUAUAGGAUAGCACCAAGUUCAGUUUUUUCAGAAAGAAGAAACUCCAAGGUGUUUCUCCUUGAGGAAAUGAAAUUGGAGCCUCCCAAACCAGAAAGGGAUGAUAUAAAAGUUCUUACAAAAGCUCAAGUUGAUUCUGAACUAGCACAGAUGAGAAGCAUGACUGCAGAGGAGGCUGCAGCUGUUGCUGCUAAGGCAGUUUCAGAGGCAGAGGCGGCCAUUAAAGAAGCCGAAGAAGCGGCAAGAGAGGCAGAGGCUGCAGAAGCUGAAGCAGAAGCAGCAAAGGCAUUUGCUGAGGCGGCUAUGUUGACGCUUAAAAAACGGAAUGCAGCUAAACUGAUGGUUCGAGUUUGAUAGGGAACAACUGGGUUAUUCUGCUGUAUUUCCUCAUUUUCUCCAUACAACAUUGCCAGACGUGCUGCCUCUUUGUUUUGUCAAAUAUGUAUAUGGACAAGGUCUGUAUAGCUUGGAUAAUGCAGGUCUCCUGUAAAUAAUGACCCUGGGAAACCUUUCUUGGCUCAUGAUCCCUGGCUGGAGGUUUCCCAGUCACCAUCAGCUCCUUGACCUUAUCAUUUUGUAAGACAUUAAUGUGCUGUCAGAAGUGUCAGAGUGGAGAGCUGGGUUUCCAUCAACUGAGAACUUAUUUCAGUUACUUGGUGCAUGACAUCAUUUGGACUUGAGUUGUGUUCUGUUGUAUGUGCUCUUUCUUUGGUUUUGCUGUAGAAGCGAUUUAAUAAAGAGGAUUGAAUUUUAUUCCAUCUUUACAGGCUAA